ACGGAGAACAUGUGGGUCGAACGCGCGUAGAAGUAGCUCGUUGUCAGGCGAAAGGAGGACUGUUUUUCAGGUUAUUUAGGAAGGAGGCCUUGUUUUUCAUUCUUUUUUUGGGUGUGAGGAGGACGAGAAGCCGCAGCAGAGAUGGCGGAGCAGGUGGAGCUGAAGGUGGAGAAGAUGAUCCCGGAGUUGGAGGAGAUGGAGAGGAUAGGACUGCUGUCUGAUGUGGAAGUCAGAAAACUAAUUCAGAAAAGGAAGAACUUCGAGUACCGUCUGGCUCGCCGAACCAAAGGCAAAGCGGAAAUUGUCAACUACGUUAAUUAUGAAAAGAAAUUAAUUGAAUUGUUGAGACUCCGAAGAAAGCAACUGCACAUGAAUGAGAAGAAAGAUUCAAUUGACAAUGCCAUCGCAAAGCGCUGCAUAGAAAACCUGAUGAUCCUUACUAGGACGUGGCCUCGACACCUUGACACUUGGGCGCUGAGGAUAAAAUUUGCAGAGUUUCUCGGCUGGAAGGAUGAGGUAUGCAGGACGUACUAUGCCCAGACGAAGUUCCACGCAGAGAAAAUUGACGUAUGGAUUGCGUGGGCUAAAUACGAACUGGAAUGGAAGAACAAUUUUGAUGGCGCACGGAGGAUUCUUGUUUCUAGGGCUUCCCAACAUCACCCGAAGUCUAUCCAGCUGAAGCGAGAGCUUUUUAGACUGGAGCUGCUUUAUGUGGAGGCUCUGCACAAGAAGCAAGAGCAAGACAACAUUGCUGGCUUAGAAGAAAUUAUUGCCAAGAACCGGAAGAAGAUCCUGGAGGGUGCCGUUGCUGAGGUGAUUUACAGAAAUGCGGUAAAGAGUAUACCAGAACCAGAGAUGUACAUGCAGCUUUACCAAGUGGCCAGUAAAUUUAAAUUUGCUCUGAUGCUGAGAGAGAAGAUAUUCAGAGACCUUUGUGCCGCGUUCCCUCACGCUGAGUGUGUGUAUAAGAUAAGAGCCAUAAGGGUUGCAACAGGCCUUCCAGACAUGCCCCUUGAGAAGAAGAAGAAGGAAAACUCAAAUGCAGAUGACAUUCCAGAGGAAGAGGAUGAAAAGACUGAUGAAGAAGAGAGUUCAGAGGAAGAAGAAAGUUCAGAUGAAGAAGAAAGUGAUUCAGAAGAAGAGGAGACAGAUGCUGAAGAAAAUGAAAAUGUGGAGAUUAAAGAAGGACCCGAUGCUGAGGAAUUGGAUGGUGAAUCUUAUGGAGAGGAGGCUGUGGAGGCAGGAGAUAAUGCCACGACGGAACCAGAGGGCGUAAAGCUGGACGUUGAAGUUGGGAAUUCCCUGAAGCUUGAGAAAGAAGAGCCAGCCUCCAUUUCGGAUCAAAAAAUGAAACCAGCGGAUAAGUUGGAAGUUAUCAUGUCAAUUUUCGACACGGCCCUGAAAAACAUUGGAGGAAGUUUCGCCAAGAGCUACAUAGAGGAGCUGUUGCCCUUGUUGUAUCAGUGCUGGGGUCUCGAUGACAUGACUAAUGUAAUAUACAAGAAGAUUGUGGAAAUUUGCUCAUCACAGAAAAAAAGCUUGUCUGCUUUGCACUUCUUCAUUUGGUAUCUUGUUGCAAAGGAGCAGUCCUGCCCCCAUGACGAGCAGUGUAACAUUCUGAAAAACGGCGUGACACAGCACCCUAAAGCAGCCCAUUUGCAAUUGGAGCUGAUGAAGUGCAUAAUGCAAGGGUCUGAGGACGAGGAGGAAGUGCUGGAAGAUUUUGAUAAGAUUGCAAGUGAUGUGAGAGGAAAGUGUGGCCUUGAAUUAUGGGAAGAAAUUGCUAGAUAUAUUACAGACAAGGAGAAGAAAUCCACAAUAUUCACCCGUGCCUCAGACCAUAGCAAUACCACUGUUGCACAGGGCAUGAGAGUCAAGCACCUGCAGCACGUUGCAUCAGAAAAAGGACUACCAGAGGCAAGGGAACUGUACCAGAAACUGAACUGGGCGCCUCCACUCUGCGACAAGCUUCAUGCCACUAUGGUAGAGCUGGAGUUGUCAGAAGAGACAGUGGACGUCAAGAGGGUCAGGGGGAUUUUCACUACAGCUGUACAACAGUUUGGGAAAAAACAUCCAGGUUUAUGGUUGGCCUACAUCCAGUUUGAGAAGCGCCACGGAGAUCCAGUACUCGUUGGUGGUCUGGUCACCAAGGCAGAAGACGAAUUGGAAGUCCAUGAAGCCCAGAUCUUCAGGGAGUUGCUUAUGGUUGUACGAGAGCUUCAGGGAGAGGAGAAAGGCGAGAGCGCGGGAAAAAAUACACUAAUUGAAGAAGGUAAAAUCAAAGAAUUUGGGGAGGAUGAAGAUGCAGGGCCAGGACGACAGGCUCUGGUGAAACUCUUCGACGAGGACCUCGUGCUGACUUACACCACCAAUCAGAAGAAAGAGGGUUUCUUCUCCCUCGUCUGCAGCAUGAGGAGGCAAAUUGAACAAGGCAAUGAGGAGCGAGCACCGGAAGAUGGGAGUGAGUGGGAGCAAGUUCUGCAGACGCUCACUGGCCACAGGGUAGUGCUCUCGGUUCGACAGGUGAAGGCUGUGCGUGCAAGGGAGGGGAAGAAGAAGAAGGAGUCUCGGGAGAAGACUUUAAAGAAUCGGAAAAAGAUUUUCUUGAGUGACGAGCUGCAGGUGGGAGAAUUACAGGGGAAGGAUGAAGAUCAACUGCAGAAGGUGCUGGAGAACUCACAGACUCUGCAGCCAGAGUUCAUGAAGCAGAAAAAGGUGGCUCCUUACCACCUUUCCAAGUAUGCAAGGAAGAAGCAGAGGAAGGCUGAGCGAGAGAAGACCAAGGGAGCUGGGUGGUUUGACAUGAAGGCUCCUGAGAUGACAGAAGAAGUACAGCGGGAUCUGGAGCUCCUUAAGAUGCGUUCUGUCAUGGAUCCAAAGAGGCAUUACAAGAAUAAUGAUAUGAAGGUUUUGCCCAAGCAUUUCCACAUUGGCACCGUUGUGGAUUCUCCUGUAGAUUUCUAUGCUUCUCGCAUUCCAAAGAAAAGCCGCAAGAGGACACUGGCAGAAGAGAUCAUGAGCAAUGAAGAAAGUCUGAGGUUCCAGAAACGGAAGUACGAAGAAAUAAUGGUAGGCAAGCAGAAGCAACGAAAGCGCCCCAACAGAGAGAAUACCAGAGACAUGUUUAAAGGCAUAAAGAGAGAUAAGAAAAGUAUUAAAGGAAAAAGUAAAUGAUAUCUAAGGGCUGCAUAAUUUAUGAAGAAUAUAGGGAAAAAAGGAAAAGAAAAUAGAUAAUGAAGUAUAUCUUUGUUACACAUGUGAAACUGUAAGAAAGCUUUUGCUUUUAAUAAAUUGUUUGAUAAGA